UCUUUAUGAGCGGAUUCGUGUUGAAAACCGCGUUGAUUUCGUUUUGGAAUUCUAAAUAUUUUCAGAUUUUUUGAUUUCUUUUAAUUUGCGUUUUGAUUCCGAUGGCAACCAAAUUGAACUUUGUUUCCUGUGUUGCCUGGGUCAGGCAAGGUGUUGCCAAAGAAAUACCUGAUCGAAUUCAACUAACACAGGAAGAAAUUCGAUCAAAAAUCGAAAGCGAUCGACAAAAAUUUAAAGAAUUAAAAAGUUCCAAUCAGAAUGAGCAUAUGGAGACAGAUGAAUCUUCAUCACAAGUUGAUCGAAAUGAUGAAGAUCGUCAAAUAAUUGAUCGCUAUAAUCUGGACGAUUAUGAUGAUGAUGACAAUGAUGAUGAUUUCUUUGUACCGGAUGAUACGGCUGCUGAUACAUAUCUAAAUCGUGAACAAAAUUAUUCGGAUGACGAAGAAGAAAAAGACGAUUUUCGGAUUAAGCCAACGGAUAACCUUUUACUAGCUGGCCAUGUUGAAGAAGAUAGUGUUUCACUUGAAAUUAAAGUUUAUAACAAAGAAGAUGGUGUCUAUGUGCAUCAUGAAAUUUAUCUUGCUGCUUAUCCAUUGUGUUUUCAGUGGCUCAAUUUUGAAAUGGAAAAUGAAAAAAGAAAUUUGGUUGCCGUUGGUGAUAUGAACAAUGAUAUUAACAUCUGGAAUCUUGAUGUCGUCGAUAUUCUUGAUCCGGUUGCCGUGUUGAGUGGCCAUAAAAAAUCCGUACUUGAUUUAUCUUGGUCGGAAAAGGCUUCUAAUAUAUUGGCAUCAGUAUCGGCCGAUAAAAAAUGUUUACUUUGGGAUUUGAAACAACAAACCGUUGUACAGACAUUUGAUCAGUUUAAAUCACGAGUUCAAUCGGUAUCUUUUCAUCCACUUGAAACAAACAUUCUAUUGACUGGCGAUGCUAAAGGUCACGCAAAGCUUUUGAACUAUCAAUCACUAUCGAUAAAAGAUUGGAAGGUUUGUCAAAAUGAAGUCGAAAAGGUUGCCUGGAAUCCACAAGAACCAUACAUGUUUCUAUGUGCCACAUCUGAAGGUUGGCUAUAUGGAUUCGAUUGUAGAAAUGAUAAUUCUCCUCUAUUUGGAAUCAAAGCUCACGAUGAAAUGAUUUCGGGAAUGGAAUUCAGUUCGGCAAACAAUGGCUGUUUGAUGACUACUUCGGCUGAUCAAAACGUCAAAAUAUGGUCUGUUUCAUCGAAGGAAGUGAAAUCUAUUCAAACAAUUCAGCCAAAUGUCGGAAUCAUUUUAUCGAUGUCUGCCAAUCCUGACCAUUCUAACAUAUUUGCCAUAUCUGGAGAUAAUGUUGGUGAAAACAUAAAAAUUCUUAAUCUUGACACUUAUCCUGCAGUAAAAAGACAAUUCAAUCUUUGCUGAUUGCUUUUAAAUUGUGAUUCAUUAAAUUUAAUAAAAAUUAUUUUUUCGAAU